CAACCGUCACAACGUCAUUCUUUAUCAUCAUCAUACCACUUCAUUUUUGUAUUCUUAAAGCUGGGUUGUGCCGCUUGCUGUAUUUUCUUCCAUAAAUAACAAAAUAUAUUGAAAGGGAGAAAAAAAUAAUUUGUCUCACUAUGCGUACUACAAAGAUUUAUGUUGGCAACCUACCUGAAAAUGCUGAUAGUGCAGAAUUACAGGAGAUGUUUGAAAAGUAUGGUGAAGUUAGAGAAUGCGAUAUUGUGAAAAACUAUGCAUUUGUGCAUAUGGCUUCUGAAGAGGCAGCAAAAAUGGCCAUUGAAGCUUUGAAUAACAUAGAUUUUAUGGGAUCAAAAAUAUCUGUAGAGAUUUCUCAUAGUAAAGUUCGACAAAGGCCAGGGAUGGGUGGCAAGGGUCAGUGUUACCGCUGUGGUCGUCAAGGCCAUUGGUCAAAAGAAUGUCCAAGAAAUCCUGCUGUCAGAAAUGCUGGACCACCUGUGGGUUAUCCAACCAGAGGCUAUGGUGAUUCGUUUCCUCGGUUUGGAGGAAUGGAUCGACCUUUUGGAGCUGACCGAUCCUUUGGAGAGCAGCGCAGCUUUGUUGACCGCAUGAGACCUUAUCCUGAUCCUUAUGAACGUCGACCACCUCCCAUGUCUGCUCCCCAACAAGAUAAUUACAUGUAUUAUCGACGUCCUUAUGAUUCAUAUGGUUAUACCAGGCGAUCUCCACCAAGUGUAUCGCAAGUACCCAGCAGAUACGACUUCACCCAAGAUCCCACUUUUGCGUCGGGACGUCUAACACCUACCACACGUCGCGCUCCGGUCUUUUAACGGAAGCAGUCCGGUCGCGUGGUUCUGGCGGUUGGAUUUCGCGAGUAUGAUGAAGCACAGACCCGUUGGACAUGGAUGCAAUGAAGACUUCAUUUUUUUUUUAUAUAUGUUUAAACUAAAAUGGAUGUCGAAACGAUUUCUUCAUAUUGUAACAAUUAUAUCAUUGGUGACUGUCUCGUUCCGUUAAAAUUCACGUGAAAGUUUGAACGCUCACGUAUCGUGUUGAGUAAUGUGUUGAACCAUCAUUCUGUAAUUUCUUUAUCAUUAUAGAUAUCAAUAAAAUAAAUGUCGGUUA